AUGCGUCGCUCAUCUCUACCCAGCGAUAUUGAUGCCGUCGAGCUCGAGUCGCUCGUUCAGGAUGAAGAAGAAGGCGAGAUGACGUUGGCACCCGACGCUCCCUUAUCUAUGAGGCCUCCGUUCUCACCACGUCCAUCAUCCCUCUCACUGAGGCCUAAGUGGCUCACACACGACCAUCUCCCGUGGUACCAACGUCUAGCGCACGUUGGCGCCUCGUCGGCCAUCCUCUUUCUAUGGCCACGCUUCACAUGGCGCUAUGUCUUGUGCGCCUCCCUCGCCUUGUACGCUCUGUACUGCUCAGUACGCCAGAGCCCGCUCUUCGCCUACCCGCUACCCACGUACGAAGGGGGGCCAUACGGAGUCGGUGUUAUUGACAUUGAGAUACCUUUGCCCGACGGGCCGAAGCGCAUAUCCGACGCCGUCUUGCGCCGCUCAGGCGAACCCGCCUUUGACGUCGAGACCGUUCUCGUCUCGCUCUACUACCCUACUAACCGCGCUUUCCAGUCCUCCCAGUCGCGGUACUACUGGGUCCCCAAACCGAUCAGUCUCACCGCCGAGGGCUACGCCAAGGUCGCCCACAUUGACAACUUCAUCACACGACCCAUCUUCACCUUCUUCCUCUGGGCUAUCGCUGGCUCUGUCACCAUCCCCGCUGAGGUCAACGCUCCCCUAUUUGAUGAAGGGGGCGACCAGGGCAGCAGUUCCCAGUUCCCCGUCAUCAUAUUCUCUCACGGCAUGGCCAGUUCCCGCACCGACUACACCAACUUCCUCGGCGAGCUAGCCUCCCGUGGCAGUAUCAUUGCUGCCGUCGAGCAUCGUGAUGGCAGCUGUCCUGGCUCUAUGAUAAAGCACCCUGGGGAGGAUGGUGAGGGCCGUCGCCGCCUAUAUAUUGGAGAGUCCGACCUGGCCGGUGACGGUAUGAACACGCCUGAAUUCAAGCGCAUCCAGCUGGCCUUCCGCGACGUCGAGAUGCUCGCCGCAAUUGACAUGCUACGCUCCAUCAAUGACGGCUCCGGCCUUGCCUAUAUUGCCGCCAACAACACGCGGUCCCCUAGUGCUUCGACACUGUCUACAUGGCCGUCCCGCCUCGAUAUUGACAAGCGUCUCAUCAUUGCCGGCCACUCGUACGGCGCCACGGGUGCUCUCCAGGCCCUGACAACCAUCGCCCCUGGCGCCGCUGCGGGCCUCAUCCUCGACCCGGGAAAGUCAUCCGGCCCGCUCAACCACAACUCUACCGCCCCCUUACUCAUCAUCCACUCGAACUCGUGGUCUAGAUCUCACUCCAUCUUUUACGGGCGCCCACACUUUGACACCGUCCGCGACCUCGUCCGUGCUCAGCCCGCCCCCUCGUGGUUUCUCACCAGCCUCGGUACCUCUCACCCUAGUGUCACUGACGCUCCCCUGCUCGAGCCACUCCUCCUCAGUUGGACUACCGGCGCAAAUCUCGACGUGAAGGGUGCCCUCAAACAAUACGUCAAUGUAUCACAGGAAUUCUUAGACUUUUCCAUGCAUGGCAAACUAAACAAUCUCGUCGGCUUGCUAGCUGAGGAUAUCACCCAUGAAGAGUAUAAUGUUUGGGUCAGCGACGAGAGAAAAAAGACCUUCCCCAAAAGCUUGGCCAAGUUAUGGGAGAUUCAUGUCACCCCUGAAGUAUGA